UCAAAUAGCGGAACUAUGACGCUGAAAAUGCACUUGUCCUCGCUCUUCGACAAUCCCAAUUGUCUGCUGAGUCGCAGGAAUCGGUAUCAAUUCCUGGUAACCUUGCUUGUGAACAUCGCCCCCUUUUGCCAUGGCCUGGGCGUUGGAUGGAUGUCACCGGUGAUGAGGGAUCUACCCACCAGCCAAUCGCCCCUCGACUUUCCCGUUCUGGUGGAGGACGUCUCAUGGAUAGGAUCACUCGUGGGUAUCGGAAGUAUGUUGGGCAAUAUUCUGGCCGGCACCCUGAUGAAUCGCAUUGGACGCAAGCUGGUCAUGUUCGGUAUUGCAUUUCCCUAUAUGAUGUUUUGGUGCAUGAUUUACUUUGUGCAGAGCGUGGAGUUCCUCUAUGUGGGUCGCCUGUUGGCCGGAAUGACAGGAGGCGCCUCCUAUGUCGUCCUUCCGACGUUUCUCAGCGAAAUUGCUGACGACAAGAUUCGAGGACGUCUUGGCUCCAUGAUUCUGCUGACCGUAAACACUGGCGUCCUGACGGGCUACAUAGUCUCCUCAAACUUUAACUACUUCUCAACACCCCCGUUUAUUAUAAUCCUUCCAUUGUGCUACUUUAUUGGCAACUUCCUGUUUCCGGAGACGCCGCAUCAUCUGGUUCGCAGGGGAAAGUUCGCAGAAGCCGAAAAGUCCUUUAGGUUUUACAAAAAUAUCAAGAGAGAUGACAUCAAGGCGGAAAGUGAAUUUGAGGACUUAAAGAUACGAAUAAUCAAGGCGGAGAAAGAUAAGGCUAUUUCCUUUAAUUACAGGGAUUUCGUUACCAAGAACGCUUUCAGGGCCUAUACCUCUGCGAUAGUCCUGCUGAUCGCCAAUCAGUUUAGUGCCAGCUUCUGUGUGUCCUCCUAUCUGUCGACCAUCUUUGCAGCCUCCCACACCACCCUGAAUCUGACCCUGUGCACCAUUGUCAUUGGAUCCGUCCAGAUAGUGGGCACCUAUGUGACCACCUUGUUGUGCGACAAGUACGGUCGCAGGAUCCUCAUGUUGGUCUCGUCCUUGGGCUCUUCCGUUUGCCUGGCUGCCUUCGGCGGCUUCACGUACUUCGCCCAGGAUUACGAUCUAUCUGCUGUGGGCUGGCUGCCUCUGGUGAUAUUGUCCUGCUACGUAUGCCUCGUCAACAUUGGCCUGGUGGGCUGUGUCUUCGUCCUGCUCCUGGAGCUGUUUCCAGCCAAGAUCCGCUCAGUUUGUGUCUCCACUUUUACAGUAAUGCUCAGUGGCACCGUUUUUUUGGCCCUGAAAAUCUUUCCCAUUUGCGUAGCUGAGUGGGGCAUCUCGGUGACCAUGAGUUGCUGCAGUUUCAGUACGAUUCUCUGUUUCUUCUACUUUUAUUUCUUCCUAGAAGAAACCAAAGGCAAAUCGCUAUUAGAGGGUUAAUUUGACUACUCAAAAGAGAGGGAGAUACAUCACAUGGAGCUUCAAAACUGUCUGCCAAGUUGCGGAGAUCAACCAUAAGCCGAAUGACUUGGCAAGUCAUCUUAAAAAAGAAAA